CGACUUAAAUACGGCGUCUAUCCCUUUUCUAAACCAUAAUUUUUAUAGGCUCUUUUAAACCAUAAUAUCAUAGGAGGGACUACAAGGGAACUAGAAGAGAACAAGAGGUAGAAAGCCGGAAAAAAUAACAAGAUAACACGACGUAUACGGCCUCAGUCUUAGCUAUUACCAUGAAUCUAGAACACAAGAGACGACGAGAGACAGCGCUCAAAUCCAGGGAUUGAGGUUUGGACCCAGACGGCUUGCCAGGGGCAUCAUGAAAAGACGAGCCCCUGACAUUGUGUGUUGGCGACAAUAUAUUCACCGGCGGCACCUCUGGACGCUGAGCAUAGCAUUCCUGCUUGGAAGCUCACAAAUCGAGAUGGACGUCCGUGGCUACGGUCUGCCAAUCCAUUCUGACGACUCCGCAUACCCCGGAGUUCACUCCAACCAAAGGGAUCAAUACAGUGGCAAACGGGUCAAUUCUCUCUGCGACCUCAGCUUGUCCGACGGCGAAUAUCCCAGAGACAUGCCUCCUUGGACCCCCUUUCCUAAGAAGAGCCGCCAACCAGAAACAAAGUAUCAUGAUUUCAGGAAGCCCCUGGAAACCUUGUCGAGAAACCAGAACCCCGGCAUCGACAUUGCUCUGCGCAACAUGAAUUACGAGGUCGGCGCCUCGCUCAAGACGUUUCGAGCACUUGUGCAAUGUUUUGAGGCCGAGAUCGAGCCUCUCCGCGACUGGGCGGAGGAGAGGACACUAAACACGAUUUGGAGGAACAGGUCAAGGACAAGUGCCGCCAUCAACGAGACAAGGAGAGGUUUGAGGGCGUGACAGGGCGAAUCGGAGAUUGCAGAGUGGCCCUCAAGGGCGCCGUAAAGAAUGCCAAGAUCUGGAAAGAGC